AUGUCUACCGUCGAUACUCAGCCCGUACCCCCUCUUGCUGAUGGCUUGGAGCCUACCUUGCCGACGCUGGAUAGGCUGGGGUCCACCGUUCCACCUGAUCUUGACGCUCAGUCGGUCGCGACAGAAUGGAUCCACACGUUCUCGCAGCAUAUAUCUGCAAACAACAUUGUGGGUAUCGUCAGUCUCUUCGCUGAAGAUGGCUGGUGGCGCGAUCUACUCGCGCUUACUUGGGACUUUCGUACGUUCCAUGGCGUUGUGAAGAUCAAGAAGUUUCUCGAGGAUCAGCUUCCAGUUAUGAAGCCGUCACCAUUCAAGCUCAAAGAUGCUAGCCUGCUUCAGCCGUAUUCUGACCUGGCGUGGCUCGUGGGCUCAUUUGAUUUCGAAACCGAGGUUGGGAUUGGGAGCGGUAUCUUCAGACUUGUGCCAACGUCAAGUGGAACAUGGAAGGCAUACACGAUGUUCACGAACCUCGAGGAUCUUAAAGGAUUCCCAGAGAAGGUGGGGUCAUUGCGAAAUCCACUGCCUAACCACGGCAAGUGGACGAGUGAACGCGAACGCGAGAGAUCGAUGGUGGAUGGUGAUCCCGCCGUUCUUAUCAUUGGAGGGGGGCAGUGUGGGCUUGCCGUUGCCGCGAGAUUGAAGUACUUGGGUGUUUCGGCUUUGGUGGUAGAGCGAAAGGAUCGUGUUGGCAACAACUGGAGAGACCGGUACGAGGCGCUCUGUCUGCAUGAUCCUGUGGCAUGUUGCCAUAUGCCUUACCUUCCAUUUCCGUCAACUUGGCCGGUAUUCACCCCAGCCAUGAAGCUGGCAGGCUGGCUCGAAUACUACGCCGAAGCGAUGGAGCUCAACGUCUGGACAUCAACGACAGCAACACACGUGGACCAAAAGGACGGUAAAUGGAUUGUUAAGGUUAACAAGCAGGACGGGAGCGAGCGCAUCUUCCAUGUUGACCAUGUGGUAUUGGCAAUCGGCUGGCAUGCAGGUGUACCACACGUUCCAACCUUCCCCGGACAGGAAGAAUUCCAUGGCCAAAUACUGCACUCCACUCAGCACCGGUCAGCUCGAGAUCAUCUUGGGAAGAAGGUGAUUGUUGUAGGAUCUGCUACGUCAGCUCACGACAUAGCUGCGGACUAUGUAGACCAUGGAGUAGACGUUACACUUGUACAAAGAAACUCAACUUAUGUAAUGUCUACUGCUGAAGGCUCUCGACUUGGCGUUGGUACAUUGUAUCGCGAGGGUGGUAUACCUGCAGAUGCCGCGGAUCGUUUGUCCAGCUCCAUGCCGAUCUUGCUCCAGAAAGAGGCAAACAAACGAACUGCUGCCGCAAUCGCAGAGGCAGACAAAGCGCUCCUACAGGGACUACGGAAGGUCGGAUUCAAGUACAACAUGGGUAUUGACGAUUCUGGUGUCAUGCAUCUAGUCUAUCUUCGUGGUGGAGGUUAUUACUUAGAUGUGGGAGCAUGCCAGAAGAUCAUUGAUGGAGAGGUGAAAUUAAAAAAUGACAGCGAGAUCGAGAGUUUUACCAGGACUGGACUGAAGUUUGCAAACGGCAGCUCACUCGAUGCAGACGUUGUACUCCUCGCGACAGGUUAUGAAAGCUCGGAGUCUGCCAUAAAGAAGUUUGUUAGUCCAGAAAUUGCGUCCAAGAUGUCGCCGAUUUGGAAGCUGACCCCGGAGGGUGAGCUUCGGGGUGUUUGGAGAUGGCUCGGGGUACCGAACCUUUGGGUUGGGAUGGGAAACUUGGUUAUGUGUCGAUUUCACUCUAAACAUCUUGCGCUCCAGAUCAAAGCUAUCCAGGAGGGCAUAUACAGCAAGCGUUAUGCUGCUUGA